AGAGCUGCUAUGGGGCAGGUCAAGGCUGCCGUUGGGCUCUGCAUUCCUUACAGCCUCUUCCUCUGAUAAAACCUCCAGGACCCUUAACUGACUCUCUCUUCAUGUGAGCUUGCUUCAGGACUCCAGAACCCAUUUGGUGUGUCAAGGAGAGAGAGAGAGAGAGAGAGAGAGAGAGAGAGAGAGAGAGAGAAUACAGGUGAACCCACGUUGCGUGCUUAAAAGGGAUUAUUUUGACAGAGCACGUGGCCUUGGUCAGAGGGGGAUGUUCCUGUUUCUCAUUUUGUCCUUGUACCUCCAUGCUAAAGCACAGCCCUUGCAGGAGAACACAGUGGGUAAGUAGAUGCAAAGCCAUUUAUUAGACACUUUGGCAGUGAGUGUUCUUGCAGUGACUUUGCCCUCCUUUUAGGUCUUUUCCCAGCCAAACUGAGCUGUAGUGAACAUAGUCCAGAGUUAGCAUUGCAUUUCAAUUGCAAAAGGAUCUUGCAUUUCCUCUAACACUCUUUGCCCUGAAUUUCUUACCGGUGGGAGAAUGUGAGCCUUCCCCCAAAUAUUAUGUUUGCCCUGUAAAUCUCACAGGCACCUAAACCUAAAUCCUAGAUUUCUUUUUUUUAGAGGCUAUACUGGUUGACUUUACAUGCUUUUGAUCAGAAUGAUUAUAUUGUAGUUUGGUUUUUAUAUUUGAUGUACCCUGUCCGGAGGGUGGGUUAAAAAUGAGAUAGUUACUGCCUUGGAUUCUAAGUUGCUUCUCUGUUUCAUGCAAGGGAGAACCAACGCCCCCUAAACCAUAUCCUACACCUUUCCCAAAGGACUACAAAAGUCCUAAGAUGAAAUGUAUUCUGCUUGUGAGAAAGAAAAUGAAAUAGGAUUCUUUCAAGAAAUCGAAAUAUCCCCCCCCCAAUCUAAACCGUCGUGGCGUUGUCAUAAAAGCUUUGAGGGCUUCUCCUUCCUCUCCUCCACCUGCAUCCCUGUGCACAAAUCUGAUCUUGGGAAUUUGGGGCUUAAGGAUAGAGAAGAAGAACAGUUUCACUGAGCCAGCAAAUUAUUCAAGUUGGCCAAGAUUCUUGGAUGUCACCCACUUUCUCAGCAUCUGUAGAAGAGAUUAUCAUGCUCCCAUUCACCACUAAGACAGAAUCUGCUCUGUGGUGGACUUUGAAUCACAGGUAUACAUGGAACACCAAAUUCUUAAUUUGGGUUCUGAGGCAUAACUUCAAAUGUGGUAGUGAUGUUGAGAAAUUCCAGUGGUAGGAGCUAAAAUUCAAACAGAUACCAACACCCCAUUCUUGGAUCCACCGAGAGCCUAACAUUCAAACCAUCACACAAUGUUGGCUAUAUAAUUGCGUUGUGUAUUUUCCCACCAUGGAGCAACAAAAUCUGUGAAUGGUGUGUUUGUGUGUAUGUUGACUUUGAUUAAGAAAAUGUCAUAAUCACAGACACAGAGAAAUACAUACACAGAGCUGCAUUUCAAGGUGGAUUUUUCUUUUUAAGCCAGGAGAUCAAUUGUGGAUUCUCCUGCAUAACGUGUCCAUUAAUUCUGAUGAGUGUGAAUUGCAGCCACUGCAAUAUCUAUAAUCACAGGCAAGUGAAGCAAUCACAGUUCGUCUGUGUCCAAGUUGUUUUCUCAUUAGGUUAAAAUGCAUAUUCUUAUUUUCAAAUGGUGCUACAGACAUUGCAGAAUUCCUAAAAUUUGGGUUAAAUAAUGCAACAGUAGCAGGAGAAGCCCAGUGGGAAAUAAAGCAUCAAAAGGUAGAAAAACUUGAUUUGUUCAGUUUUGCUGUGUGCCUAGCCAGAACAAUUGCCUUCUUUAAGAGUGAGGAUAGUGAAAAGUAAUGGAUUUGCCUUAGUCAGAAAAAUAUUAGCAUAAAUCCUGCUUUAAUGGUGGACCUGACCAGUCAUGGUUAACUGGUGCUUAAUCAGGUGUUAAAUAUAUGCAAAGAUUUAAGCUGCAAACUUUCACUGCAGAAGCUGCUGGGGGAAGAUUAAAUACAGGCCUGAUGAAAAGUGAAAUGAAUAUUUUUAUUACAUUCUUCUCUCUGGCGGCUUCCACUUUAAAUCUCUAUGAAAUCCUGCUUCUUAGGAACAGGUUGACUCAGAUGCCCUUUGUACAUACACAAAGCUCCCACUGCAGGCAACAGCACUUGUGCAUGAUCAAUAAAUAGAUGGUGCUUAAAUGAGAUAUCUCACCAUCAUCCAGUUAGGAGAACUUUAUUGCAACAGGAGACACAAGCAGAGAUGGAGGGCAUGGAAAGAACCCACCCUUGAAGGUAGUUCAUCAGCUUUACCUGGUCCAGAACUGUGGUGCAUUUAUGAAGAAGGAAGGGUCACAAGGAAAGUAGCACCACUUUCGUUAUAUCUAUUUUGUGCUGACUGUUUGUGGUUACCUCUCAGAUUUGUACUGUAUAUCACCUUUAAAACAUCUGGGCCCUGCAUCCCUAAGAAACUAGCUUCCCAUGAGGUCCUUUCCAGACCUGCAGAUCAGAGGGAGAAGGAGGUUGCUUGGAACACGCAGGAGGUCCUUUUCUGUGGUGGCAUCCACACCCUCUAGGCUUUGAUGCCUACUGAGAUCCACCAAGUCACCACAUUAUAUUCUUUCCACUGCUAGCUGAAAGCAUCCCUAUAUGCAAAACCUUUCCUUGGCUAUAAAAGUAUUGGUGCUGCUGUUUUCUGUUUUAGUUAUUGCAGUUUUCAUUUUUGUUGUUUUUUUGGUUUUGUAUAUAUUUUAUCAUGUUUUGAAUGUCAUUUUUGCUCUCUCUCUCUCUCUCUCUCUCUCUGUGUGUGUGUGUGUGUGUGUGUGUAUCAAACUCUAAGCAAAUUAUUAACAUAACAAGGACCAGGGCUGGUCUUUAAGGUCUAUGAAGACCUUUAAACACUAGGGAACGGAAAGUAUGUAGAAAAUUAAUUUGCAAGGUGAGGGAGAACUGCAAGUCAUUGCACCCGAUGGCAGCGUGAGUCAAGUGUUCUGCUCUGAACUGGGGAGAUCAAAGCCACUCUCAUGAACCAUUGUCAAGGAGAGCACCAUUCUGCCUAGCAGAAAGCACAGACACAAAGAAACGGCAGCUUAGAGACCUAUUUUAAUCUCUUCUUACUGGCAGGAGGCAAGCCAGAGAAUGAAGAGGAAGGGCCCAAUGUAUAUAUCCCAGGGCAAGGAAAGGUGACAGAGAAGACAGCCUCCCAGGAUAAGACAGAGACAUUUCAAGACAAUUUCUAAGUGCAAUUUAACAGCACUGUGGGCCAGCACUGUAAAGCCCCAUUUGUAAAAUAUGAUAAUUUUUUAAAUUAAAAUAUAGUGCCGGGUGGGGUAGGGGAUAAUAUUGCUUUGCUGGAAAAUAGUCCCAGGUCACAAGAGUAGCCUUUGGUACCCAAAGGCAUUAUUUGAUUAAAACGUGUAGGAUGAAAUACUGUGUCCCUGGAAAGCCAUCUCAGGUGCCAUUGGAAAAACAGGCCCACUGCUGGGAUUCCUCCCUAGGAACUUUCCACCCUCAUGGGUGCGUCACAGGGGGUGGGAUUUCAGCAGGGGUGUGUGCUGGCAAUAGCCGCAAAUCUGCAGGGUCCUAGGUUCCUUCAUUGCUUAUCAACGCCCUCUCCCCAAACAGAGCCAGAAACUACAUCAAUCCAAUAGCAGACCAUUGUAGGGAAUUAAAAAAGAUGUUUGGUGGGGUGUCCCACUCCUUAAAUGGGAAAUAAAUCUAAUGGCUAGAUCCAGUACGUGAGAUCAUUUUAUGCAGCCCUCAGAGCCCCUACUAAAUUUUAACCAAGAUCAAUGAUGUUGGUUUUCAUGGUUUGCUAAGGAAGGGGAGGGGGAAAUGGGUGGCAUUAUAGUAUCUUGAAAUGAUUUAACAACAAAACAAUUACAGCAAUUAUAUAUAUAUAAAACCAAUUGCAACAUAGACACAGACUGGAACAAAAGGCUUGCUGAAAAAGAGAGACCAUCAGCAGGCACCAAAAGGACAAGAGAUGUUUAACAGGAGGGACUUUUGAAGGGGAGGUGCUCUCAUGGUAAAGGCCCAAUUCCUACAUUAUACAGAAUGGACCUCCUGAUGAGAUGUUAUCUGCAGGAGGUUCUCUCUCCUGCAGAGCACAGCGAUUGGCUGGGUAUAUAAAGGGAGAGAUUGCAUCUCUUUUUAUGGAAUUGCUUGUAAUGUGUAAUUUAAUGGGUGUUAACUUGUAAAUGUGGGAUGUGGGUGGCGCUGUGGGUUAAAUCACAGAGCCUAGGACUUGCCGAUCAGAAGGUUGGUGGUUCGAAUCCCCGCAAUAGGGUGAGCUCCCGUUGCUCGGUCCCUGCUCCUGCCAACCUAGCAGUUUGAAAGCACAUCAAAGUGCAAGUAGAUAAAUAGGUACCGCUCCGGUGGGAAGGUAAACGGUGUUUCCAUGCGCUGCUCUGGUUUGCCAUGCUGGCCACAUGACCCGGAAGCUGUACACCGUCACCCUCGGCCAGUAAAGUGAGAUGAGCGCCGCAACCCCAGAGUCGGUCACGACUGGACCUAAUGGUCAGGGGUCCCUUUACCUUUAACUUGUAAAUGGGAGGCUGUCCUGGAGUGCACAUGCUCUGCAAUGAAGAAGAUCUUCCUGCUUUGUGGGCAUCAGAUUUACAAUGAGGUUGAGGACAGUUUGUGACUCACAAACUGAGUCAGUCCUGGGUCUGAGUUAAUUUGUGAUGGAUAGAAUGCGCUCCAAAAUAGAGAAUUUGGCCCUCUCUGCCUUAGGCGACUGAUUUGUCUUUUGCUAAUCUUCGUUUCACAAGUCUUUCCCCACAUAUUCCCGGCAUGUAUACUGUUGUUCUUUUGAUCGCCACGGGGCUCUCUCUUCUUUCCAUGUUGCAGCUCUUGAUCCUUGCUCUGCCUACAUCAGCCUGAAUGAACCUUGGAGGAAUACCGAACACCACUUCAACGGCUCUCACGACCAGCCCGAGUGUGACAGCCAUGUUGACGGGGAAUGGUACCGCUUCACUGGGAUGGCUGGCGAUGCCAUGCCCACCUUCUGCAUCCCGGAAAACCACUGUGGUACCCAUGCUCCAAUAUGGCUAAAUGGUAGCCACCCUCAGGAGUCAGAUGGCAUUGUCCAGAGGCAGGCCUGUGCCACCUUCAAUGGAAACUGCUGCAUGUGGAACACAACGGUUGAGGUCAAGGCCUGCCCAGGAGGCUAUUAUGUCUACCAGUUAACCAAGCCCAGUGUCUGCUUCCAUGCCUACUGUGGGCGUAAGUGGCCCCCAAAACUUCUUUAGUUGUAAAGAGGGGUUCCCCUUGGGCAUAUAAUAUAAUGCCUACAACUUAAAUAAAGUUCUACGGUACCUGUGUUGUCAUGUAUGGAAAAUCCCUUCGUUCAGUUGUUGAUUUCACCGUGGGGACUUCUCAUAUAAAGCUGUGUUCAUUCAUAUAUAAAAAAAUAUAGAACAAAGCUCCCCCUCCUUCCUCAAGCAAUUUAAAGCUGGAUUUCCAGUUCAUCUCUGCAUCCCCAGGCAAUCUAUUUAAUAGCUUCCUGUUGCGUUAUUCAUUGGUAUUUAUAGUUUAUCACUGAGAAAUCUAUUUUAGUAAUUUAUUUCUUCUGGAAAACAAUUCCCCCUUGUGCAUUGCAAUCAGCUGAGGAGGCCUCCUUUUUUAUGGUGGGGCUAGAAAGGCCUUUCUGAAGUGGCAUCCUCUUGCUGGAACUCUUUCCUAGAGAAAGGCAGCUGGCUUCAUCCCCUUGUGAACUCCUGGAGGUGUGGCCAAGACCUUUAUUUUAAGGAAAGCUUUUGCAUUGCUGGAUUACUUCAUGAGAUACUGUAGAUUGCUUGCUUUUAGCUGUCUUGUGUGUUUUAUACAGCUCUGUUGUUUUGGCUCUUUUUGUAAGUGUUUAAGUUGCUGCACAUUUGAGACACAAAUCUGCUAUGUGUUUUGGGAAGAUGUCUGUUCCUAUGAAAUCUGAUCAUGCAUCUCCAACAUGCUAUCAAUUUGCCCUUAAACUGGAGAAGACUUGGGUUCAAAUUGAUGCCCAACCAUGAAUCUCACUAAGUGACCUUGUGUUAUUUUCCUAGCUCUCAGUGAAAUCCACCUCACCGGGUUUGUGAGUUUACAAUUUGGAUGGUAGGGGAUAAUAUAUCCUGUCCUGAAUUCCUUAGGAUGUUGCUGGACUACAAUUCCCAUCAUCCCUGGUCAUUGACUAUGCUGGCGGGAACUGGUUAGAGUUAAGAGUCCCACAGGACACAGAGGGCAAUAGAUUUCUCAUCCCUGCUUCGAGAGCACCUAAAGUAACUUUUUAAAUACUGGCCUAUUUUCUAAUCUGAAUCACUGCUCUCAAUUGACAGAUGUUAUUACUGAACACAUUUCUUGUACAACUGACUGAAUUAAACUGACACUUUAAAAGAAAGGAGUUAAUUUUCUUAAAAGCUGAAUAAAACACUCCUUUCCUCCCAGAUAAUAAAAAAUCAUUUUUAUUGCAUUGACGACAAAUUCAGCCUUCUGUUCUGGCUCUUACCUUGAAAGUGGAAUACACACGGACUGGCUUUGAUACAGUGAUCAUGUCGGUUUGAUUUAUUCAAUGCACAAGGCCAUACAACGUGCCCUCAGCCAUCGCCUCCAAUCAUAAAAUCUGUGAGUUGUUAAAUAAUCCCGAGGCACUGACAACUGGAUUUCUAUUGCAAAUAAAUGUUGGAGCUAUUUGGGAUUCCUGCAAAUCAGGAAUGCGAAAGAUGCAAACUGUAUGUCACCUUUAAAAAAUGCCUCACCUUGGAAAAUGUUUUCCUGAAGACAAAUGUAUUGAUUUUCUCCUUUCAUGCUCAAAACCUUAUCAAACUGAAGUUGCACAGAUUAAGGGUUUUGCCAGUACUAGAAUCAAAUCAAUACAGACUCCAUGGCUCAGGGAGGGUCAGUAUUUGGGCACCAGUGUUUUUAAUAGCCAUACCAGUCAGAGAAUUUCAGCUGGGUGAGCUUUUCAAAUCCAACUGCUUCAACUGAUAUUGAGGAAUCAUCCCUGCUGAAAACAAAACAACGCAACCCAGAAUAAUCAGAAUAUAUCAUCAGAAAUAUUCUUUCCAACGUGUGUUACAAAAUUGUUUCCACCACAAUUUAAGAAGGAUAUUGACAAGCUGGAACGUGAGCAAAGGAGGGUGACCAAGUUGAUAAAGGAUCUGUAAACAAAGCCUUAUGAGGAAAGGUUGAGGGAGUUGGGUAUGCUUAGCCUGGAUAAGAAUAGACACAGAGGAGGUAAGGUAGCCAUCUUCAGAUAUCUACUGGUGUAGUGCCUGAUUCAGACAUACAAGCUUAGCACUGUUGCAUCUAGUUCAGCCCUUCACUUGCACCCUAUUAAUGUAACUGUGAACAUGGAAGGUAAUUGCAUGUUCAGACCCAGAGACCUCUCCACUAAAUAAAUUCUCACAUGACUCAAAUUUUAGUUUUGGUUUUUGGCAGAAUUUAGGCCACAACUUUAUUGAUUACAGAAGGUGAGUGGUUGUAUAGGCUCUGGUUCGACUAGUUCCCUGCACCCUUGCAGGCAGCGCUGACCCAGGGCACCAGCAUAGGUCAGCCAAGGGUGAAAACCUGGGUAGGCGAAAAGCCGGGUACAGACUCUGUUCACCACCAGAUGCCCCCCUGGACUCAGGUACGGGCACAACCCCCUCUCAGAGUUUGACCAGACCAGUUGAGUCCCUAGAUUCCUUUAACGGAAAACCCUUCACAUAGGGAUGGCGAGACUGCUCCCCCAUCCCUAUCACCUGAACCAGUGCCUAUCCGCAACCCUACAAGUUGUGACGAUCUGCUACGCGGCAGGCGAAACCCAAAUGGCAACAGCCAAUCAGCCAAGUGGGGAAACUCCUGCCGUGCCCCGUCCCAACGACAAACACACAAUGGCAUAGAAAGGUCAAGCGCACAGCUCUAAAUAUAGGGAGAGGUGGGCGAGUGUUCCAAAUGCAUGAGCCGUGCAUGGGUCACGUGCAUGGGUCACGUGCAUGGGUCCCUCGGUCCAUUUGGACUGCGCCCCAUUGGUCAGAUUGAACCCAACAUCGAGGGACCUACCAAUCCGAUGUUGUGGCUGACCAAUCAAACCCACCCACAACAGUCUCCAGGUCUCACCGCAACACGUGCCCUCUUUUAGGGAGGACACGAUUUACUCCUGUAUCUUUAACAAUCCUCCUUUGUAAUUCUGCAGAUUUCUACGACAUCUGUGACAUGAUAGAUUGCCGGGGCUCUUGUUUGGACACUGGAGACUGCACAUGCUCUUUAGGAACAAUAUUGGGACCUGACGGACAGACCUGCCUUGGUAAGGAAAGACGCAGAAGUGGAGACAAAAGAGGCAAAAGGGAAGUAUCAAGGCGGUGGGGAGAGAAAGAGAGAUAGAGAGAUAGAGAGAGAGAGAGAGAGAGAGAGAGAGAGAGAGAGAGAAGAAAUGAACAAGUAGCUGAAGGUUUUCCCCUCUGCUGUUUCAUAUUUCUGUUCAUUGUUUUUCACGAUCAGUUUCAGAGUGUUGGAUGGACUUUUCACAAGUCAUGCUUGCCACUUGCUAGUGGAAAUACAAGCCAUUGGGAAUAAUCAGUGUAUGAGAAUGGUCUGGAAAACAACCACUACAGAAACAGAGAGGAAAAAGUUAGGAAACAAACAAGAAUGUAGGAGUAAAAAAAAAGAAAACAUCUUAAAAAUACACUGCGUCGUGAAUCUUAGCUACCCAUACUGUAAAUCCUUUGUGAAUAGACCUGUGCAAAAUACUGUACAGAAUAGGAACAGUUCAAUAGUCAAAGGUUGGAAUAAACCAAUUUCUCUUAAGGUCUAGGUGCUUUCCCAGUAAUCUCCCUUUCCUCUCUCUGGCACAGCAUGGGCACAGGCAUUCAGGAGAUCUGCUCUAACCAUAGAGCCAGUGUACCAUGUGGACAGUCCAAAUGUGUAAAGUCCUAUGUGCAUAGGGCACAAACAGAUUUGCUGUCUCCAUAUGGGGAGUGGAGAGUGUGGCUGUGCUCCAGCUCUGGAUCAGACUUUUCAAAUACGGUCCAUACUGGCCCAGAGCAAUUACCAAAACUGAAUUGCAGCAACCCCAACCCAAUGAAUGUGCAAUCACUAAACUGGGUGUUGAGCCAGCACAAACUGUUUGCACUUAAGUUUGUUGUUGCACCCUUGGAAAACCCGAAGAGAUCUCAGCUUGCAGAGGAGGAAAGUGGAUGAAGGCAAUAUUUUGGGGGCUAAUUAGGAGGGCUGUGCAUUGUUUCCAUGCUGCCAUGAUUACAUCCAUGGCUUAAUUAUCCUGGCAUCUCGGAGACUGUGCGGAAGCAUCUAAAACCUCAGUGUCCAACAGUAAAUGCUUAGAGCCAGUCAAAGGGCAGCAGCUUUGCUUGCAAAGACCAAAUAACAUCUCAAGGUUAGUGUAAAGCUAGUCUCAUACAUAUUCACAAUCCCAUCACACACCCGCCUCUCAUUCGAGACUUUUCCUCUGCAGAUCUGUUCAAGUCCUCUCUCACUCAGGGUCAGGUUGUCUCUUAUGUACCUGCAGCCACCAGGGCCGGCCCAUUCAUGAGGCAAGGUGAAGCAGUGGAAGCCAAAGAGGCAGUGCUCCCAAGAGUGCCCAGCUGGCCCUGCCUCCUUUGCAAGAAGCAGCAGUGCCUGUUUCAUAAUAAUAAUACCUAAUUUGCACUUCAUGAACCAGUCUGUGAACUGAAACGCAGCUGCAAUUUGAAAUUGGCAACUUCUGCUUAUUUUGUGAGGCAGUUCUCCAGCAAAUAAGCAUGGAUUAAAAUGCAUAUAUUAGGGAAACUAUAUUAAUGCAAUCCUCUCAUUCUUUUGCCUGAGAUCUCUGAGGCUUACUCGCCUUCCUAAUUAGUUUCCUGAGUUCUGCAUAAUAACAACUUCAGGUAUAUUUCAAAAACCAUUGUCUUCCUCCUUCCCACAUUCUCAAGUUGUCCUUCUGCAUUCCCUGUUUCCUAAUUGAGGAUACUGGGGAAUCUAGCCGGAUUGGGGUCUGGCAAUGCUACCACAGCAUUGAGCACCAUCAUCUGAGAGGUCUUUCAUCAAUCAAGUUAACUGGUUUAGCUUUUCAUUCAACAUGCGGUUCCCUGGUUAUAUGCUAUGAAUCUUAAUUCUCAGCAGCUCUUUCUGAAAUUCCUUUCUUCAAGUUUCUUAAGUUACUGCAGCAAUCUUCAAGCUAUUUAUGACUUGUAAAGUUUGGAUUAAUGCCACAUUGCCUACUAGCGUGAGCUCUGGUAAAUAACAGCUCUUCUUUUAAAAAGCUUUUGAAGAUCUGGGGUUGCUUUCAGAUGAGUAUUCGUCAUUCUGAUGUUUACGGAGCGUUCAACCUGAUCUGUAUAUGCAAAGUUUGUGGGGAGGUUAGAUGGUGCCAGCUAUUUAUUGAGCAUUCACUCUAAUUUGUUUCCAUGGCGGGGGGACGCAGGUGGUGCUGUGGGUUAAACCACAGAGCCUAGGACUUGCCGAUCAGAAGGUCGGCGAUUCGAAUCCCCACAACGGGGUGAGCUCCCGUUGCUCAGUCCCUGCUCCUGCCAACCCAGCAGUUCGAAAGCACGUCAAAGUGCAAAUAGAUAAAUAGGUACCACUCUGGCGGGAAGGUUAAACGGCGUUUCCGUGCACUGCUCUGGUUCGCCAGAAGCGGCUUAGUCAUGUUGGCCACAUGACCCGGAAGCUGUACGCUGGCUCCCUUGGCCAAUAAAGCAAGAUGAGCGCCGCAACCCCAGAGUCGGCCACGACUGGACCUAAUGGUCAGGGGUCCCUUUACCUUUACCUAUUCUACAUUUUUCUGCAUCACAUUCCUUCUCUCAAAGAAUCCUUUUAAGGGAAAGCCCAUUUGUUAUGCAAGAACACCAAAUGAACUUUAAUUGAGCAACCUGAAUUUGUGAAUAUGUAAUGGAAUUCCACCCAAGGAUAGACUCAAGUAUAGAGGUUCUCUGGGUUUCAUCAUUGAUUAACAGUGCUCAGAAUUAACACUACUCAGAAUUAAUUCCUACUGAUUUCAAUGGGAUUUGCUGCCUAGUAAGCACUACUAAUUAAUAGAAUGCUAAUAAUAGGGUACUAAUGAAUAUCUUGUCCUAAUAACAUCUCCGCCACUCACCCUAUGAAAUCUGGCCUAAUUCCGAGUCUUUAUGCACAUAGCUGACAAACGGGAUGGCAAAAAACCGCAUUGAAUUAAAAUGCCCUGGAAAGGUUUCACUGAGCUAUCUAACUAGAAAAAGAUCACUUUCAAGAAUACGCUGAGUAGCUCCCUCUUCUCAGCCCUCUGGAAUUUCAUGGAAGUUGAAAAACUAUAGCAUAUUUUCAUCUAGGAAUCAGUGGUCUGGUUUGUCUUGAUUUCCCCUUCAUCUUUUCUGACAGUUUAAUUGGGUACAGGGAUUUCCAGCAUUUAUUAAGCAGAUUUUCCUCUAUAUUACUCUACAGAAAAUGUAAUAUAGGGGUUGAUCUACACACAGGAAAAACCCACUAUAAAUAAGUCAGAAAUUAAAUCGUUAUAACAAAAGAAAAAAAACGCUAUGGAAGAUUGCUUAGAAUUCCCUCCCUCCACCGCCAUUUGGUGUUGCGUGUUUAUAAUGCAUCCAAAACACUGUUUUUUGACUAAUGUAGCUGAGUCCAGAUUCAAUAAGAUUCAAGCUGCACCCAAAGUACUCAGUAUACUCCAUGUGUGCUGUGUCAUGUAGAAGAUUCACCCCAAAACAAACGAUGGCACAGACAUCUGGUUCAUAUAACUCUUCCGUUUAUUUUUGUGUGCCCAUCCCCAUGUGUGUAAUGCAAGUGAGAACACGGCUGUUUCUUUAGACUCAGAAUCCUGGCUGUCUUUUCAUAACAUGUAAGGUGAUCCUUACUACUAGCCUGUGCCACCUAAAGGGGGAAAAAAAUGAUUCCCUGAUUUAGAUUUCAUUAAUGGAGCAAUUGGCUUGCAUAUUACACUUCUUAAUCACCAGCUUCAUAUUGUUAAGUUGUGGAUUUGUGGCUCCUGUUUUUCCCCACAGAUGAAAAUGAAUGUGAACAGAAUAACGGAGGUUGUAGUGAAUUCUGUGUGAACCUCAAGAACUCCUACCGUUGUGAAUGUGGAGUUGGGCGAAUUCUAGGGAAGGAUGGAAAGACCUGCCAGGGUGAGUAAGGAUCCCUUGAUCCAGGUCUUGCAUGCUUUUUUACACCUGGGACUGACUCCAGCUACAAAAGCUGAGGCUGGUGAACAGACUCUUUGGCUGGGGUAUUGUUUAGGGGUUUUCGUUGGGGUGGGUGUUGCUGUUACUGAUGCUAUUUAUUUGUAUCUUUUUGUUUCUAUAAUCAUGGUUUAUGUGGAAAUUGUUCAACUUGCUUGUGUACUUUUUGAUGCUUUAUUAAUUACUUAUGACUACUUUUGUUAUGUUUGUGUAAUUCUUUUCAUUUUGUAAGCAGCCUCAAGCAUGGUUUUGGUUAUGGAAAGCUGGCAUACAAAUAAAAUGAUGUAUGUAUGGCUCCAACAAAACAUUUGAAAGGUCACAUGUUUCCCAUCCCUGUCUUACAGCAUGAGUUGUCUUCAUUAAAAAUAACAACUAGUUGAAUGGGACAACGACAGAAAUGUGAACUACACAAUAGGAACUAGAGUACCAGAGCAGAGCCCUGUAUUGUUAAACACUUCCUCCAUAGCCUCCCAGCUGGAAAUCAAUGUCAUAUGAUGUUAAGUGCCACUUUACAUUUGCCAUGCAGAUUUUAAAUAAAUGCAACCAGCAUCAGUUCUUUGGGACUGCAGCAGGCAGGAAAGUGGGAUUUAAUCUUCCGUCUCCCUGAUUAAACUUCCAAGAAUAAAAUCUCUUCUGAAAGUGCUGUUUACCUUGGGUAAAUUAUUGGUGCUAUGCCAGUAAUUAUUGGCCCUUUCCACCAAUGCUGUUUCCACUUUUUUAAAAAACUGGCACUUUUUUUUUUUUAAUUGGGAGAUAUAUAUUUGGGUCUAGCUUGGCCCUGGGUUGUUGUAUGAGAAUGAAUGGUGGAGGGACCACAGGUGUAACCAAGGAAGAAGGCCCUUUAGUUCAUCCUCUUCACAUCCAUCAAUAAUAUAUUUGUAUCUUCAUAAUCUAACAUUCUGGCCUUUGGGGGGAAAGCACUGGUAGCAUCCUUUUUAAUCAUUAUUUUUUUGUUUUGUUUUUACUAGAAAGAGUAAUUGUUUCCUUUUCAGUAAACGUUGGGAAAUUUGUGCUUGCUAUAUAGAUAGUUUUAAGACUCUGAGGUAAUAGGUGACAUUUUUCAUGCGUUCAAUGCUCUCCAAGGAAUUUAUUGAGCAAUAUACAAUCGAGUUGGUCGGUUUCAUAUUUACUGAUAUGCCAUGUGGUUUAUGAGUCAUUCCAGGAAAGAUAUAAUUCACUUUGCAACCACCCCAACAUCCAUUGCACAGCCACAAAAUCUUCAAAGGAUACCAUUGGUUUUAAUGGUCAUAAUCUCAGAGUGGUGGGGUUUCCUAGCCUAACACAUGGGCACUGAUUUAAAGCUCAUUUGAACUGCCAAGAUCUUGUCAGUCUAAGAAAUGCCUUGGAUGUUUUGAAAACUACCUGGAAAUUUUUCAUUCUUUCCGUAUGUACAGAGAUUGCCCCAAGGCCCACUCUCCACUCCCAUCCUGGUGCCCUCCAAAUGUUUUGGACUACAACUCCCAUCAGCGCCAGCCUGCAGGAUGGGAGUUGUAGCCCAAACUAGCUGGAGGACACUAACUUGGAAAAGGCUGCCUUAAAAUGGUAGCUGGUCUGUAUUUGCUACCAACUGUAAACUUGGCAGGAUCUCCUUUUUGCGUGCAUUUAACAGUUAACUGUACAGUGGUACCUCUGGUUACGUACUUAAUUCGUUCCAGAGGUCCAUUCUUAACCUGAAACUGUUCUUAACCUGAAGCGCCACUUUAGCUAAUGGGACCUUCCGCUUCUGCCGUGCGAUUUCUGUUCUCAUCCUGAAGCAAAGUUCUUAACCUGAGGUACUAUUUCUGGGUUAGCGGAGUCUGUAACCUGAAGCGUAUGUAACCCGAGGUACCACUGUACACUUAAAAACACAAGUUGUGAAGCCUAGGUUUUACACAUUUUAAAAUAUUAAAAACUGCUUUUUUUAAGAAAACACACAAAACUGAGAAAUUGUGGGAUUCUGCAGAUUAGGACAGUACAUUGAUUCACAGGGAGCAGGAAGUGUGUGUGCUGUUUGCUGCCUCUUCCUCCAAAUUGCUGUAACAUCCAACAGAGAAAGUCUUAUGUACAAGUGCCAUUUAAAUUAAUGAGAGCUGCACAAAAAGCACGACCUACUUCCUACUCAUGUUCUUCCACCAUUCAUAGUCACAGUUUCCCAUUCAUGUUCUAUUCAUAAUUCCCAUCCAUGUUCUUCCACAGUUCCCAUUCAUAUCAAUGCGGCUUAGAAAAGAUUUUGCCCAGAAUGAUUGCAAAAGUUAAUGCAUAACGUAUGAAGGUUUAUACCACAGAUACAAUUGCUAUAAAAUCCCCUUGUUAUGGGCAGAUAGAGACUUUCAUCUCAAGCCGAUCUGGGUUGAGCAAAGAUUUUUGUGUGUCUGACUGUUAUCUCUAUCCUAGAAAUUGAAGGUUGCCACAACAACAAUGGGGGCUGCAGCCAUGUUUGCGUCACGGUGGAAGACACCUACCAGUGUGAGUGCCCACGCGGUCUUGUUUUGUCAGAUGACAACCACACUUGUCAAGGUAGGACAAUGGAGAUCGCUAGCAACAAAUAGUACAUUGUGGCUGGUGCAGGAGAACGUUGAUGUGGAGCAAAUGCACCACCUGCUUUCUUUGCCCCCAUCCUAUUAGAAAUGAAAUAUAUUUUGAAGGAGAUCCUCCUAAAUGCUGAGGUCAGAUCAACAGAUCAACCCAUUCCAUCUAGCCCUGUACAUUGGGGAAGAUCUCAGUUAUGUUCCCUGACCUAGUUUUGGUUCCUCAACACUUGUCUUGGCUGUGUGGUCACCAUGGAUCCCUCUUCCCUUGUUCAGUGGUUCUUCUGCUACACUUCACUCCUGCUCGACCUCCCAUUUUGAUGGGCAAACACAGUAUCCAACACCAGCCUGUCACAGCAAAAUGCUGACCCACCUGUGAAAUUAUGCUGCCCCGCUUUUGGUGGGUUCAUCCUGCAGUAGUUUCCUCUGCAAGGACAAUACGUGGGAUAAAUGUCUCAUAUGCCCAGUAGUGGGCUCAUCAGCUUGAGUAUCUAGUGCAAUUGCAAGACUCUCACAUGCUGUCCUCCAGAACAAAUGUGUUUAAGGAGCAGCCACUGCACUUUAUUAAGCAAAACACAUUUAUGACCACACAUACAAUAGUUUAUGGGAACAUAAAAUGUAGACCCUGCCUCCAACUGCAUAAAUACAGCUUUUUAUUAAUUCUAAUUAGGUGCAUGGUGCUAUAGUUGGUAACAAGGCCAGCAGUUAUCCAAAGCAGUUUGGAAAUUAAUGUUUCACUUUACACUCUUCCUGUAAAUUAGUAGUCAACAUUACCCUUAAUACUGCUGAAGAGAGAGUUAUUAAAUUCCUUGAUCAGCUAGGAAUUGUUUACGUUUGAGGAAGCACUGAAAGUAAUGUACGUUUGUGGGACAGCGGAUAUGGAGAGGGGAGGGGGCGCAAAGACAGUGCUUGUGAAUGUUGGCAAGAGUGCGCCUUCAGGGGUAAAGUCAAACUGUUGGGAGAGUUACAGUGCCUGCUAUGGCUAUAGAGAAUGGUAUGGGAGAGACAUGUUUUAUUGGAGGUGGGGCAGAUGAAGGCAUCUGGUUUUGCUGCUACAGGUGCAACAUAGUCUUUCUUCUCUCAUACCUUGGAUGGCCAUCGGUCAUGGAUGCUUUAGUCGAGAUGACCCUUAGGGUCCCUUCCAACGCUAAGAUUCUGUCAUUCUAUAAUUUGCCUCAGAAACAUAAGUUGGCCUUCAUCUGUAGGGCUGGACGAGGGAAAAAAGAGGUCUGGAUAGUACACUUUCUUAUAUCCCCCCUUUAAAAAUUGCUUCCAAUAAGAUAUACAUAUUUUCUGCCCUUGCCUUACUUGAUUAAUGAGAGACAGGCCCUCAAACUGGGAUCCAAACAGCAGAAAAGCACCAAGCAUGCUCAUUUAUCAAAGAGUUCAUUGAGCGACUUAAUAAAUGUCCUAAAUCAGGUCUGUGAGCUGAUCAAUUCAUCUAUGCAAAGUUAUCCAUCUGCCACGCAUUACUGGAAAUGGUUUCCAAAUUGUCCCUCAGAAGCUUGAAAGUAAUGUUUGCCUCUCCCUUCGCCCCCCCACCCCCCGACAACCUCCUGCUUUCUGGUUUGUUCUCUGGUAUUUGGGAUACAUAGAUUCCUCUUCUCUCUUGUGUAUCUACCAGAGCAGUUGCUGAAAGACAGAGAACCUUUGCCUUUUCAUUUUCUGUUUCUUGGAUUGUGGUGUUGUUGUUGCGGGGUGGGUUGUGGUGGGUAUGCUUGCUGUUGCUGCUGUUGGUUUUUUAACUUUAUUUUAGAUUUAUAUGGAAAUGGUGAUUUUUGUGGAAAUUGUUCAGUCUGGUUGUCCAUUUUCUGAUGUUUUAUUUAUUAUUUAUGGCUACUUUUGUAAUGUUGCAUUUACGUAUUUUUUUUCACGUUGUAAGCCACCUUGAGCAUGAACAAAUAAAAUUAUGUAUGCUUCAGUCACAACAGCACCCUUGAUGAAGCCAGGAGGGAAAUGCAGGAAUAUUACUUUUCUGCACAUAUGUGUGCACACUUCAGCAUAUUGUUUUUUUAUCAAAACUAUUUCCUGGACUGGGCAGAUGGUUUAAAAAGUUUUGAACAGUAACAUUUGAGGAAAAAGAAAACUGUAUUUUAUCCAAGAUACCAGGAGUCAGAAAUCAAUGCAUCAACUUUAAAUGGGGGCAGCACCUGUUUUCAUGAUUCUGAAAAACCUGGCAAAAUCAAUGCCUGCUAACUGUUACAUUAGCAGGAUUCAUAAAUCUGUACCUUUCCACACUAAAAAUAAUUUAUAGUCUGUUCAUCACUCAAGCUUGAAAAUUAUGUGUCAGUGAAACAGUGAAGAUUGUGCUUCAGAAAAUUCCCUAAAUAUGGAUGACAGUGUGUUUGUUUUCCUUCAAAUGUUUCCUCACAGAAUGUAUAGUGAUGGCAACAAAGAACACAAACUAGUUAAACUCAAAUGGGUAAAUAUGAAGUGAGUUUUCUGCCUCAGUCAGUAGUAAACUGGAACUUUUACCCAUCAGGAUAUUUGUGAGGAUGGGGCAAGAUUCCUUGAAAAUGUUCCUUCAUUGUAUAUAGGAUGAUGGGCAACUUUUGAUUCUUAAAGGACACUUUAUUCUCCAGACACCACUCUAAGGGCCAGAAUAAUCCAACACCCUCAUGGAUAGUUGAUGAUAAGUGGUAUUGCCUAGUAGUAAAAUGUUCACAUAUAUAACUAAGGUCAGCAAUAUGGGGUGAGGCUGAAUAAUCAAUGUACUCCCAGAGAAAUCCUUUCAGGAGACAAAUUGGCCAGCAGCUCUUUGCCUGUCCAGAAUACUCAUGAGAUAGAAAGAUAAUGUAACCUUAUGCAAAACUGACACAGACACUGGCCUACAUCCAAAAAGCUGCUUAGGCUCACACAAGGGGCUUGUGCUAUCCAAAUAUAGUUUUUUUUGCUUGACCUUUUAAAUUUUAAAAAGGUAAAGGUAAAGGGACCCUGACCGUUAAGUUCAGUCACAGACAACUCUGGGGUCGCUGCGUUCAUCUCGCUUUACUGGCCAAGGGAGCCGACAUUUGUCCGCAGACAGUUUUUCCAGGUCAUGUGGCCAGCAUGACUAAGCCGCUUCUGGCGAAACCAGAGCAGUGCACAGAAACACCGUUUACCUUCCCGCCAGAGCGGUACCUAUUUAUCUACUUGCACUUUGACGUGCUUUCAAACUGCUAGGUUGGCAGGUGCAGGGACCGAGCAACAGGAGCUCACUCUGUCGCGAACAGCUGGCUAGGCUAUGUCACAGAAUUCUCCUCCUUUCUUUAAGUAGCUUGUCACACCGCAUGGAGAGGUGCCGUUAGUCUUUUGUCAAACUUUCUGUUUUACUCAUUUCACAGUGCCUUAAAACAAACAAACAAACAGGCAUUUUAUUUCAGUUUUUAAAAUGACAAUGACUUUUAAAAAACAAAAUACAACAAUACAAUGCAGAUCAGUCAAGUACAUGUCAAGAUUAAUAAACAUUUCAUCUGUCUAAUUAUAUAACAAAAUAAGUGCCAAGUGUAAGAUACAUAAAUUAAAGUAAACUUGGUGUGUGUGUGUGUGUGUGUAGGAAUCCAUCAAAUACAGUUUACCCCAAGGGAUCUCUCCAGAAUGUUCUAUGUGUUGUCAGUGAAUUCCAGACAUGUUCUCUCAGAGGUAAAUAUGAAAUAAAACAGUGCCAUUGGUUUCACAGUUCUUGGCCAGUGAUAUAUUUAUUUUCCAUUAUUCAUAUAUACAAUAAUAUAUCUUCUUGCCUUCAUGCUACAAUGGUAGUCUGGCAAUUUCUUAAUCUGUGAAGAUCAGGUUAUCGGUGCCAAUGCAAUGCUAGCCAUAUGCAGCAUCGCCACAAAUGGAGGAGAGUUUCCAUCUGGAAGCGAUCUUGAUUUGUGGAAGAUUAGGAUAAAAAUAAAAUACCUCCCUCUAAUACUGAAUCAUCACAAAAGUGCACAUGACACUACUAGAUCUCAGAAAUACAAUGUAAGCACAGUUAAGCUCUCAUCCUGAGGGGUGAGGAUGUCACAGUAGAGAAGACAGACAAAUCUCUGGGGGAUUAAAGAAGCUGAAUCUAAAGCUUAAAAUAAUCAUCACAUUUUACAAGCCGGCAGAUCAAAGCCAGGUUUCCACCAGGCAAGAUGAACCUAUAUCAGGGAGCAUUUGCUGCAGAUAAAAGAGGCAUCAAAGGAGGACUCAUGCAGCUUCUCUAAGUUUCAUUUCCAGCUCACUCACUAGAUUUGCUCUUUCUUACAGUCCCUGUCCUAUGCAGAUCUACCUCCAUAGAGGUGAACAUCCCUAAGGAUCUAGUUGGAGGGAUGGACCUCUCACUCAUCAAUGGUUCCUGCAAAGGGGUAUCCAAUGGAACACAUGUCAACAUCAUCUUCUCCCUGAAAUCCUGUGGUACCACUAUAGAUGUACGUAUGAAUAUUAGCUUUUUCCUGUUGGCUGGAAGGAUGUAUCUCCAUUAGAGACUAUCAAUCCUAUAACAUUGAAUCUGUGUAAUUCUGGUGUAUGUAAGAAUAUUCUCAAGAGCACACUGACACUGCAAAUCUACAUUGGUUUUACUUCAACAUUUCCAGAACAAUUCCAGGAAUGAGUGUUUCUUUUAUAUUAGAUUUCAGUAUCAGCCACACACUUACACCCAACAGCAUAGGAAAUAAGCAAAAGAACAAGAAACACCUCUGUUAAAAUUAGUUUUUAAGAAAAUAUAGUUUGUUAUUCACCUGGCAACAGAGGAGACUGAAGCUGCCCUUUGUUGGCUGGCAGAAUAAUGACACCAGCUCUCAGCUUCCUCAGUCGCUCCUGAUCUUAUAGCUAUUUAAUUGGGUUUCCACUCUCUUUUCUGUGUUUAAAGUACAUUUAAAGUAAGGUUCAUAUGUAUUUUUAAAGUACAUAAGAAGAGCCCUGCUGGAUCACUCAGACACCCGUCAAAUCCAGUAUCCUGUUCUCAGCAUUGUGCCUCUCACAAGCUUUUUAAUGAAAAUUAUCACAGCUGGAGUGAUUACUCUCUUUUUUUCCUUAUAGCUACUGACACACAUUCAGUUCUGAAAUUUGGGAGAAAUUUCUAUUUCCCUUCUAUUCCAUAUUCCAUACCUGUUUCGCUAACCAUCCACCAACCACUGGAAAUCUUAUUUUGCCAUCCCUAACAUUUCAGCAUGCCCACACACUUUCCCUCUUAUCUUGGUUAGCAUACAGACUAGAAACAUGGUUUUUUUUAGCAGGUUCGUAGCUUGGGGGCACUCCUGGAUCCUUUGCUGCCACUCAAGGCUCAGGUGGCCUCAGUGGCCUGGAGUGCCUUCCAUCAGCUUUGGCGGGUGGCCCAGCUAUGCCCCUAUCUGGACAGGGAUAGCCUAAUUACUGUUGUCUAUGCUCUGGUUAGGACGCGGCUGGCACUGUGGGUUAAACCGCAGAGCCUAGGACUUGGCAAUCAGAAGGUCGGCGGUUUGAAUCCCCACGACGGGGUGAGCUCCCGUUGCUCGGUCCAUGCUCCUGCCAACCUAGCAGAUCAAAAGCACGUCAAAGUGCAAAUAGAUAAAUAGGUACCACUCUGGCGGGAAGGUAAACGGUGUUUCCGUGCGCUGCUCUGGUUUGCCAGAAGCAGCUUAGUCAUGCUGGCCACAUGACCCAGAAGCUGUAUGCCGGAUCCCUCAGCCAAUAAAGCGAGAUGAGCACCGCAACCCCAGAGUCGGCCACGACUGGACCUAAUGGUCAGCGGUCCCUUUACCUUUACCUUAUGCUCUGGUUAGAUUACUGCAAUACGUUAUACAUAGCACUGCCUCUGAAGAUGCUUUGGAAACUUCAGCUAGUGUAGAAUUCAGCGGCCAGGUUGCUCACUGGAGCAAGAUGGUUUGAGCAUAUUAUACCGAUUCUGGUCCACCUGCAAAGUGAUGGUUUUGACCUAUAAACUUUAAAUGGCUCAGGACCACAAUACCUCAAGGACCGCCUCUUUCCAUAUGAACCUACCCAGACCCUGAGAUCACCUUCUGAGGUCCUUCUUUGUGUUUCUCCUCCUCGAGAGGUCUGGAGGGUGGCAACAUGAGAACGGGCCUUCUCUGCAGUGGCUCCCUAUCUGUGGAAUCCUCUCCCCAGGGAAGUUUGCCUGCCGCCUUCAUUAUACACCUUUAGGUGCCAGGCAAAAACAUUCCUUUUUAACCAGGCCUUUGGUUGAUCUGAUUGACAUCCUAUGCCCUUUUAAAAUGUCGCUGGGGGGGCGGGCGUUAUUGGGUUGUUUUUAUUUUGAUUAUAUAUAUUGUGGCUUUUAUGUUGAUCUUUUCUGUGAACCUCCCUGAAACCUCUGGGUAAAGGGAGGUAUAUAAAUUCAAUAAAAUAAAAUAAUAAUUAUGAUUUUUAAAAGCAAAUUUUGACAGUACUGUAGAGUUUCUUGUUCUUAGGACGCUGUCUUCUGCUCCCACAGAAGCUGAUUUCUGUCCCUCUCCCCCUGCACUCUUGCAGAUUCACUCACACAGACCCAGUCAUAAUAGAAUUGUUCCUCUUCACAUAUUUCCUCGUCCAUCUGGCUUCACAACGUUCUCUUUCCUUCUCUGCCCCAGGUGGUAAAUGACAAAAUCAUCGCUACCAAUAUGGUGACUGGCUUGCCCAAGCAAACGCCUGGCAGCAAUGGCGACAUCAUUGUCCGCACAGGGAAGCUGUUGAUCCCUGUGACUUGUGAAUUCCCUCGCCACUACACCAUGUCAGAGGGCUACGUCCCCAACGUGAAGAACUCGCCUCUUGAGAUCGUGAGCCGCAAUCGGGGGGUCUUCCCCUUUACCCUCGAGAUAUUCAAAGACAAUGAGUUUGAAGAGGCCUACGGAGAUGCUCGCCCCACCCUUAAACUCCGAGAUUCUCUGUAUUUUGGAAUUGAGCCCUUGGUGCACGUGAGUGGCCUUGAGACAUUAGUGGAGAGCUGUUUUGCCACCCCUACCUCCAAGACUGAUGAGAUCCUGAAGUACUAUUUGAUUCGAGAUGGGUGAGUGUUGGCGCUGCUUCUUUCAUUUCCCUGAUGUUCAAAAACCCCUGUUCUCGUUGCUGUUUUGGGUCUCUCAGAGCAUGAAGGAUAACAGAAAGUGCCACCCCUUUCUCAAGGCAAAAUGGUUUUUUUUCUGCUGCCCGUCAGAACAGUCGCCAGCUGUCAUGGCUACCCAGGCAAAGCUACCCACUUCAUAAAAAGGAACCAGAGGGAGCCGUUGGGUGAGCAAAUGGAUGUCUUACAACUGCAGUUACAGGAGCCAACUCUCCCUGUGAUUGUAAUGACUGGUAAUUAAUUUGGUGCCAAGAGUUAAAGCCAUUUGCCCUUCUUUGUAGGCCAUCUGGUGACCCACCAUUAGAGCAUAUUUAGCCAAUUAGCAGAAUUCUGAUCUUCAGUGAUUGGAUUACUUCAGUGGGAAGCCUGCUUAAGGCCCUCAAUGAGGCACGGGUCUUUUUCCCCUUGCAAAAUAUUCCUUUAUAAAAUAAGACCCCCUGGACUGGAGAUGUACAUACAGUAAGUACUCUGGAUUUCUUUCACAUCUUACCGUCAUUAUUUGAAGAGGCCAUUUUACACAUUCCAUUCCCCACCCCCAGUAGCAAUAAUCCCCACCAUAGCAAUUGCUGGGGCAUAGAACUCUUCAGAUAAAAGUCAGCAGGAAGGAUUUGACCAAGUGCUAUAAUAUAUACAUAGUUCCAUGCUCUCUAUCUUCCCAAGAAUGAGUUCCUGGGUAGACUCUUGCAGGGUCAGUUUUCUUGUGAGGAAAGCAUUCUGGACACUUGGGUGACAUGUUUCUACAUAUACAGACCAACCAGAGAGUGAAAUAGAAAUGCUUUCAUUCUCCAAUCAUGAACUCUAUCCUUCCCACUUCAAUGUGCUUCUCCUGCAGAUGGGGACAAGGAUAAAUUGCAGUGGCCUGGCAUAGCCCUCAAAGGCCUUCAAGCCUAUUCUUCACCAUCAAGUGCGAAGUCAUAUGCAAGCCUAGAGAGUUUUCGGGGGUCGAGAGAGUCAUUCUGCGAAAGCAAAGAGCAUGUUCGCAGCAAGAUGUGUAGUGGCUUUUAAUUGAAUUGUUCCUCAAGCAGUUAGCAGUGUGUCAGUAUCACUACAUCAAGACUUAUUACUGUUUGGCCCAAGGAAUUAUGUGUUUUCUAUACGGUUGGCUCAUUAAAUCUACCAGGAUCCCUUCGGGCACUGCGAAACCUCAGGCUCCAAAUAUCCACUCGCUGCCUGCAACUUGGAACAUUGUGAAUGCUUUGUAUGUAUUUUUAACGGCAGCAGCAAGUAGAAAAAGAGGAACAACAAAUGCAUAGGAGAAGACAGGAGGCCGAGCUCUGGGGCUUCCAGAACUCCAUGUUAAUCAUGAUGAGCAGCUCCUCUUGUUAAAAGGCUCUGGUAUAUUUAUGGCAUAUGUGUCCUGCAACCCCAUUGCUGCCUUUAUCCUCUAGAGGGCAUCUAGAGACAGCAAAAUGGAGGCUGGGUGUGAUGGAACAGGCAUAAGGCUGGCUUCAACAUACCUUUUAUUUUUAUUUUUGCCAGUGUCACAAAGUUGGAGAUAAUUCUCUGAGCUUCAACGAACAAUUUUUGCCGGCUAAUGGCCAAAACCAGGAAUCAGUUUCACAGAUUUAAUGUAUGGGAGAGAGGGGUAUGAUUAGACAUGUUUCAGCGUUAGGAAGGAGAGUGCUUAAAUCUUUGGGCACUUAUACCAGCUGUUGCUUCAAUCUGUCCCAAAAUUUAUACGGAAACAUAUGAAAUCUGUGCCUAGUCCCAGAUUGUCUGUCAGAGAAAAAAAGGUGGGGUUCAUGUGGAAAUAAGUUACAGUAAGAGCUGUUUGCCAGUAGAAGAGACUCCCAUGAGAGGUGGUGGACUCUCCUUCAAUGGCCACCUGUCAUGUAUGAUCUGGCUGAGAUUCCUGCAUUGCAGCUCAAGGUGACUCGGGGUCCCUUCCAACUAUACAAGACUAACCAAGAGAGAGACCCCUUCCUGGCUAAGAGUUGAAAGUGCCUCUCAUUUCAGUUGCCAUUGGAAAGAAGUGUUCAAAAGCUCUGUGACGUGCAAUCAAAGACAUACGGUACACAUACACAGUCCUGCUUGCAGGAUUAAGUGCCCUCCCAAGCUACACAUUUGGGAGCCUUGUGAGAUAUUUCUGUUGCUAGCCUGCUGCUCCACUAUAGAUGGCAAGCAAGUCAGGUUGGCUGGAUGUUUCCUCACAUAAAACACCUCGCUUUGCACAUAAAAGACCAGCAAGUCAGGCAGGAGGACUAACUUCUCUUGCUGGUAUCUAUGUGCAGACUAUCUUGUGCUUUAGACAAAGCUAACUACUUGCACCACCACCAAUUAUUAUUAUUUUUUACUCUGGUUUCUCCUCAGAUCGUUUUUUCACCCCAAUUUCUUUUUCCCAAAAACAUGUCUUUGUAUUGAUUGCUUCAGAAAUGAUAAAAAUUCUUCAAAAUAUGAAGUAAAAGUAAAAUAUUAUCAGAAAUUGAUAAGAGAUAUCAAAAACUAAUUUGUAUAAAACUGUGCCCCUCAAAGGUCAGUACUACUGCAUCCCUCUGAGGGCGGCUACCUAGUUGGCCUAAUGACAGUACUGGUUCUGUCUAUGUGAGGGGAGUCUUUAAAAUGGAGGAACAUCAAAGUAUUUGGGGUGCAAUCCUAAACAUGUUUACUAGUGAUAAGCCUCAUAAGAGGCUUGACAACCAUAUGUCAGGAGUGCUCUGAUGGUGUUUCCUGCUUGGCAGGGGGUUGGACUCGAUGGCCCUUGUGGUCUCUUCCAACUCUAUGAUUCUAUGAUUCUAUGAUUCUAUAAUGGGACUUCCUUCUGAUUAAACCGCCACACGAUUCCGCCGCCAAUCCCCCACCUUCAGUCUGAAGUGUUCUAGAGCAGAAAUAGAUACUGAUCAUGCAUUCCCUCUCUUGUCAAAUGAACACACAAUCGCUAGGGAGUGACUCUGAGACAUUUAUUUUCAUGUUCUUCACCUGCUGUUUAAAGCAAAGCAAAGCAAGGCAAAAAGCAUCCAUACCCCCAAACUGUAUAAUCAAAACUGACUGUUUUACUGCUGUACCCUUGGGGUUUAAAGUUGUAUAAAAUACAAGUUCCCCAGGGGGAGCAAGGCUAAAAUCUGUCACAGCAAAAACAACAGAAAGUCCUGAAGCACCGUGAAGACUAAUAAUGUUAUAUUGUGGCAUAUUUCAUUACUUAGUCUCCACUUCAUCACAUGCAAGGACUAAGCCACUAGGCCUAUUUAUUUAUUUAGUUAAAGCAUUUUUACCACACGCUUUGGUCAGAAAACCACUCUCAGGGCAGGUUACAAAGAUCAGUAGUAAAACAGACCUGGUGUACUAUUUGACAGACAUGACACAUAAGCAGAAGGAAUGGGAAGAGAGGAGGAGAAAAGCAAGCUCGUGCAUUACUUCUUAAAGUUGCAGUUCUUAUAACACUAAGUUGGGAUGGAAACAAUUCAAGGAGACUGGUGGAAUGGCUGCAGUUGAGAGAGAGAGCAUAGGUGGCUGGUCUCCCAGCAAAGAUGAUAAAGUAGUUUUGAUUUUCUUCUUUCCCUCUGCUCCGCAGUCCGAUAUACAGGUACUUUCAUUACAAACAAUUAAUGAAAUUUCCUUUCAGGAUUGUUCUUUUAAACGGUACACUUUUGUAAUCAAUUAAGAACCAACCAUGCCUUCAAGGGCACCCUUAUUGAUGAACACUUCAGUAGCAUCUGGUGUUUACCUUGUCUUCCAAGAUAUGUGGGUAUUUGUCUUUUCUAGAUGCAUCUCAUAAAUUUUAUAAAUUCCCUCUAGAGAUCCAUCUUUGUACCCGCUGCCUUUGCAGCAAUUUUAAAACUGCUAACCCUAAACUCAUUUUUUAAAUUGAAAAUUUGCCAGGCACGUAGCCUGUGGUCUGUGUAUAACUGCUUGAUACCGACUUCAUAAUUCUUUAUUAGAUUGCAUGUAAACAACCCUCAAAUAUGUAGGCUAUUUCCACGCACAAAAAACCUGCAAAGGAACUUUUUUCCUGCUUUGCUGGAUUUAAGCAGAAUUUGCUGUUUUCAGAUAUAACAUCUAUUUUGGGGCACUGAUAGGGCCAACAUCCUAGGGAGUCUGAAAAAUAAACACUCGCGAUAAAGAAUUUAUACACCAUGUUCAGGCUGCAUCUGGAGGGAGAGGGAGAAAUUCAGUGUCGCCCAAUGUUAAGCCUUCCAUCAGGAUAUUUCAGCUUUCCAGGUGGAACAUCCUUUUCAGUGGGGUGGAGUGUGGGCUGCCAACCCACCUAGAACCAAUUUCAUAGGGGGGACCCUGAUGUACAGACAGAAAUCCCUGCACAUGUCUUCUGCCAUAGGCAACUGUUCGGUGAAUUCCACCCAAAUUACAGUGCUCACUUCUGGAUACCACAUAUUGUAAACAACAACAACAUCAUCAACAACAACAUCAUCAACAACAAUCCAUUGACAAAAUGGAGCUUUUUCAGAGAGUGGUUACUGGGAUGGUGAGGGGUUUUGGAAAUUGAGUCCGAGGAAAACCAGUUGGAAGAACUGGGAAUGCUUAGCCUGGAGAAGAGGAGAUGAAAGAGCGUUAUGAUAAUAGACUUCAGUUACUCUCUUAUUUUAGGGUAAUCUUCCUAUUGGCAAGAGUGAAUUAGUCAUUUUUAGAGGAGAACACACUGGAAACUUCAGUUUUAUUCACAAAUUCACUGAACAGGUAUCAUGGAGGUGCAGAAGCCAAGUUUUUCUAGUCCUAAAGCAACAUUGGUAGUCCUCCACAAUCCAAAUGAGGUCCCUGUGAACUGCUGCCACUCAGUCUUCCUCACACAACUCAUUCAUAUACUUGCCUAUUCAGGCAAAACUUGUAGUUGUGAUCUACAUUCCAGGUGUCCAGUUGCUUGCUGUCUCUCUCAUAUAUCUCUAAACACCCCACCCAUCUGACUGCUUUGCCCCAGCAUCAUGUCCCAGAGGUGUCAUUUGUUGUAAUAUGGCAUAAGCUUUGAAUAACAGAGGAACAUAAAUCACAACAGUACAUUAAUUUUCUCUACAUACACGGUAUGUUAACCUUUAGACAGCGAGUGCCUGGGAUGUGUAUCUGCAACAACAACAAGGUUUGGAGCAUGUUUCAUAUGUCAACUAAAACAUUUCCUCCUUUUUGGUGAUAAUGUAAGGAGCUGCAUUCAGGUGGCAAUCAUUAUGACUAAAAAUGUAAUUAAAUCCUGCCCAAUGAGCCCUUUCUUUCCCACCCCUGGAUAAGCAGUUAAUUAGCUAUUUAUGCCAUAAGUCCAAGUAUCAAAUAUCAUUAUACCCAGGGGAAGAGCAUAAUAGUUCAAGUCUGUUUCUUUCCUCUUCCUAUCUACAGCGUUUAGAACAUUCAAAGUCCACAUUCCUGAGAUUAGGUUGCUGGAAAGAAAAAUGCCAUGUUGUCUUAUAUUGCAAAACCAGAUGGCUUCUUUCUUCUUUUUUUUCUUUUUGAAAGGACAGGUUACUGAAAAAUAACAUCUAUUAAUUAAUUUUUUAAAAAAUCCCCUUCUAGAAAAGAUUCUGCUCCUGUAAUAAGGAAACACCAGGUACAAUACAUCACAUAAUUCUGGAUUGCCCUCUUCUCAAUUAAUUAAUAGCUGGGGCCAUUUUCCCUAGUAUUAUAUCAUACUUUUGAAGGGAGUGACAUUUACAGUGCAUAGUUCAUCUACUUCCUCUGAAUUAAUUCCACUAGUUUCAAUUCUGGAUUAACUGGGAUGAGAAUAAGAUGCCGUGUCAUGUUCAGAUGAAAACCUACUAAGAUAACUGUAUGACUCAUCUGUUUUUUGGCAUCACAGGCCCCCAAACCUCAGAGGUAUAAUGAUCCCUAAGAAUCUCUGGUUGGAGAGAGACAAAUAGUUCUUGUGGGAGCCAAAUACAGCUUGAAAUAGGCAUUGCCUUGCAAAGUAUGCAUCUGACUGAUUCAUUGGCAUCUCUGGUCAACUAGAUUUGGCAGGCCUGUGUGGAAUAAGUGUAGAGCAAGGACUUGAAGGCAAAAUGUGGUCCUACAGACCUCUUUAUCUGGCUCAUGGGACUCUCCCCCUCUUCCUGGCUAGAGUUUGCCUUGAACUCUGAUAAUGUUUCUUGCUUAACUGGACGUUACCUGGAAGGAGGCCAUAGAGAGGUGUGCAUGUUUGAAUAUAGAAACUAGCCUGCUAUACAAAGGUAACAUUCGCACCCAUUGCUCUGUUCCCUGUUGUCUCUGGCCCCACUCUCCAUUGGCAUGUGGCCCCUGGGAAGUUUUCCAGAAGGAAAUCAUGGAAUCAUGGUGCGCAGCCUGGGAGUCAUUUUGGACGCGGGUGAAUUCUGUGUCCAGGGCAGCUGUCUACCAGCUCCACCUGGUAUGCAGGCUAAGACCCUACCUGCCCGCAGACCGUCUUGCCAGAGUAGUGCAUGCUCUAGUUAUCUCCCACUUGGACUACUGCAAUGUGCUCUAUGUGGGGCUACCUUUGAAGGUGACCCGCAAACUGCAAUUAAUCCAGAAUGUGGCAGCUAGACUGGUGACUGGGAGUGGCCGCCGGGACCACAUAACACCGGUCCUGAGAGAUCUGCAUUGGCUCCCAGUACGUUUCCGAGCACAAUUCAAAGUGUUGGUGCUGACCUUUAAAACCCUAAACGGCCUCAGUCCUGUAUACCUGAAGGAGCGUCUCCACCCGCAUCAUUCAGCCCGGACACUGAGAUCCAGCGCCAAUGGCCUUCUGGCGGUUCCCUCAUUGCGAGAAGUGAGGUUACAGGGAACCAGACAGAGGGCCUUCUCGGUAGUGGCGCCCACCUUGUGGAACACCCUCCCUUCAGAUGUGAAGGAAAUAAGCAGCUAUCCUAUCUUUAAAAGACAUCUGAAGGCAGCCCUGUUCAGGGAAGUUUUUAAUAUUUAAUGCUGUACUGUUUUUAACAUUUGAUUGGGAGCUGCCCAGAGUGGCUGGGGAGACAUCUAGUCCAAGAAUCGUUUCAAACCCACGACCCUGAGAUUAACAGUCUCAUGCUCUAUCUCCUGAGCUAUCCCAGGUUCAAAUGCAGCCCUUGGGCUGAAAAAUGCUCCUCAGCCUUGGUGUAGACCUUCAAGAUUUGUGCAUAGCUUUCUUUCAAGUCACCUUUAACUAUGGUUUGCUUCCUGCCUUAGUACCUACAAUCCAAGCUGCAAAGCUGUUACAAGACCCAGUGAAUCAACAGGAUAAAGUAAAAGGCUGCUGUGGAAAGUUACUUUAUUUUUGUGAUAAUUUGGUGUUUUUGAGAAUCAGAAAGGGAAGGAAGAGAUGAUUAUGGUUCCGGCGUGCCUUUAGUUCUGAAACUAUAUUCUUUGAACUAAAUGCUAAUGGCUGCUUGAGCCAGCUCUUUAUUAUCUGUGUAUCUCUGGUCACAAAGGUGAACUGAGGAUAAUCUUGAUUGCAAUACAUUGGCAAAUUACUUGGCUUUCAGGAGGGGGGGGGAGAGAGAGGGAGAGAGCAUGCUCAGAGAUUCACUGUGCAUUCUGACAAUUUUUCUGCCUGAUUCCCCCCCUCCCCCAAUUUCUGGCAGUGCUAUUGAUUCUCACUUCUGUUUUUCCAUCCACUCUUCAUUUUUGGAUGUUAUACCACUAACACAUCUAUUGAGCAAGGAGAGUCAGCUUCUCUACCCUGCUGCCUCUGUUCUUGGAGGAAUGUGUCGCGAUUUCCCCACCCAAGUCUGUGAAAACCAUUAACAUUUUUCUCUUUCUUCAGCUGUGUUUCUGAUGACUCUGUGAAGCAAUACACAUCUAAAGAUCAUCUGGCCAAGCACUUCCAAGUGCCAGUGUUCAAAUUUGUGGGUAAGGACAACAAGGUGAGUGAAAAUGCGUAGCAGCUGCUCCUUUAGCAGUUUUCUAGCAAAACAUCUGACACAUGCAUGGACAAUAGAUGCAGGAGGUGCCCUUGAAGGAUGCAAAUCAGAGAUGCAUUGCCUUCUUCCAGUUCUUCAUAAGGGAUUUCACUUUAGGAAGAGUAUAAGGAUAACAGUUUGCUGGUUCCCUGACUUCUGCUUUUAUUUCAUACUUUCAUACUGACAGUGUAGGAAUGACAAAGUGGGUGUUUGAGAAUAUAUACGGUAUAUGUAUACAAUGCACACACACAUAUAAUGCAAUAGGAUGAUGCAAUAUUGUUGUGGGCAGCACUGGCCUCUGUCCCUCUUUCCUUUACUCCCUCCUCUGAUGCCCUCUCACGUUUCUGCCUCCCAAAGGCUUCCACAGCUAUUUGUUGCAGCAGCCCUGGUUACAAGCUCUUCAGGCGAAUGGUGCCUCUGGGGCUGACAGGAGUGCUUCCCAAGCCCCUGUGGGGCAGUGUGAGGAGGCACCUCUCUUUGGAGGUGGAGCUCAGUGACCAGGGGUGGCAGCUGUGGCUGCCCAGAGGACUCCCAAGGAGAGGGGAGAGGAGAGGAGGCUGAGGAAACACUCCACAAGGGAUGGUAUUUGCAAAAGGGUGAGAGGCUCUGCCAGCUCUGCAGGCAAGGGGUGACAUAACUGGGUUCCUGAGCCCCAUGGGUUGCUGCAGAAAGAAUGUACCGUAUUUUUCGCCCCAUAGGACGCACCUGGUUUUUUUUGGGGGGGGGAAAUAAAGAAAAAAAAUUAUUUCCCCCCCAGGCACGGGGCUGGCACGGGGGAAGCCCGAGCUUCCCCCGACCCCAGCCCCCAGAACAGCCUGCUACCAGCAAGCCUAGGAAGCUGCGCCAGUCUCCCCAGGCUUGCGGAGAGCUGCGCGAAGCCCAGGAGCGCUCUUCAGCACGCCCCAGGCUUCGGAAUGCAGGCAGCUCUGCGCAACCUUUGGGAGCCCGGCACGAAGCCGCGCUGGGCUCCCAAAGGUUGCGCAGAGCUGUGUGCCGCCUGGGAGUGCAGGCAGCUCUGCGCAACCCUCCGGAGCCCGGUGCAAAGCCGCGCCGGGCUCCCGAAGGUUGUGCAGAGCUGCGCGCCGCCCGGGAGUGCAGGCAGCUCUGCGCAACCCUCAUUUUUGAAGGGGAAAAAGUGCGUCCUAUAGGGUGAAAAAUACGGUAGUUGGUCAAGGGAGCCAUGGACUCAAAAAGAUUGAAAACCACUGGUGUAGAUAUUCCCUCUACUUGGAAAAGAGACAGAACUUUGUUGAGUGCAGCAGAAGCUGAAACUAUGUUAUCUGUUUAGCUUGUUGACACCACUUUCAACUCCUGUUCAGAAAUUGAAUACUGUUGCAACCUAAAAUUACUUACAACCUGUCUGGUUUUAAAAUCACCACCCUGAUCAAAACUUUGUGACCUAUCUGUUAUGAUUUUCUUUAUUUCUUAUUUAAGCUUAUUUUCAGUGCAAAUAAUAUGCAAAACAUGUACACAUAAGUCUGCUGAUUUGGGGUGGAGGUGUCUGCUGGAUCAAUACCUGACCUGCUUUGUUUUAUGGCAUAAAAUCCCAGUGCAGCCUUUUCAGUCGAUUUCUUCUUCUCAGGAGCAGACGACACUGAAGAUAGAAGGAAUACUAAGCCCCAGGCAGAAUCAUUUGUAAGCCUCAUAGCCUAAAAAGCUCCAAGCCUAGCAGGUUGCUUCUCUGAACUUCUGUUUCAGACAUGCCACUGCAGAAGCCUAUAGGUUGCAUGUGGUUGAGAGGCAAAAAAGGGUGUUUUCUGAGUUUCUGGCUUCUGUACAAAUACUGCUACCCCCCCACCAACCUGAAUUGUUUCCUUUACCUAGCAAAUCCCUGGAUUCUGCAGAAGUGUGUGACAGAUUCCCCCAGGCCAUUUGGGAUGCUUCAUAUUUGUUUAUCUCCUUUUGUAUUCAGGAAGUGUUCCUCCACUGCCGUGUCCUUGUGUGUGGAGUGACGGAUGAGAGGUCUCGCUGUGCCCAGGGCUGCCGCAGACGGAUGCGCAGACGGGCAGAGGAAGAGGAAGCCAGUCACAUGGCUAAUCGCAUCCUCACAGGUGGUCCCAUUAGAAUUGAUGUGGAGUAGAUCUAUCUCAGCCUUCACUAACCUAGAUCCCACCAGACUAUGACCCCCUUUUUGGGCCUACAGCUUCCAUGCUGGUUGGGGCUGAUGGGAGUUGUAGUCCAAAGCAUCUGGAGGGCACCAGGUUGGCAAAGGCUGUCUUAUCUUGUGAACAUGCUGUCUCACUGAUGCUUUCUCCUAUGUACCUUCGAUAGUGAGCAGUCAUCUGUGUUUGGCAAGAAAAUAAAGGCAACAAACAAAACAAAACAAAACCAUGUGAUUUCCUCUUUCCCCAGUGAAAGCCUAUGAUCUUUGCUAAGGUGAGAUUAAAUGCAAUCUCAUCCAAAUGCUGUUUGAUGACUGAUAAUGGAUGGUUGGAGCAAAAUUAAAUGGGCCAUUCGAAUCACAGGCAUGACAACGGUACCAAUUUUUGUUAGAAAUCAUUAGUUCAAAGAGCAUGUAAAAUGUCCAGAUCCAUAACAUUUUCAUGAAUAGGAAUUUGGGUUUUUUACAAGGCUACACUGACACAGAGGAGGGGGACGCUGUCUGCAACAUACCAACAACUUAACUAGCACACUUGAUCAUUUUUAGGUGUUGAAAUCAACACAAACUAAGGGGUGCUGAGAGUGCAGAGUGGUUCAAAAUCUAGGAGUUUUGAACCACUUUAUAGUAUUUAAAUGGUGAGAUCCUAUAUCAUCAUGACCUAGAAAAAUCUUUCCUAAAGCCAGAUGAACCAGUGGCAUAGUAAUUUGCAGUCUGGAAAGGUGUUGAAGCUCUUCACAGCGACAGAUUCAUGAACACCAAUCCAAAUGUCAGUGUGAUAGAUCUCACCCAGUAAAAGAUGGCUGCAUGACAUAGGAUUAAUUCAAGUUACUGGAUUCAGUGAAAAGAAAUGCAAUGCAACUCUAUUACUGUCUGCUCAGAAGUAAGUACCACCUUGUCCAAUAGUGCUUACUCCAAAGUAAGUGUGAAUAGGGUUACCAACUUAGUCUCUAUUUCCUAUUCAAUAAAUUUUGUGGACUUCGGUGAUACUGUUGGGGAACAUCUUUCUCUAUAGCCCACAAAGUACUUAUGCUAGAAUCAGAGCCAGUCCUACCAUUCGGCAGAAGGGGGCAGCUGCCUCAUGCAGCAGAUGCUGGGGAAUGGGCAGCUUCAGGUGAGAUGCUGCCUUCAGGUGUAGUAAAAUUAAACUUACAGUCAAUAUAUAGAAUGGGGGUGAAGGCUCCCUUUUGUCCUUCAACACAAGCAGGAAAAUGCCUUUGGCAAGCCCUGGCCAGGAAAGUCCAGAAUUCGUGUUGUUCCCCUUUAAGGCCUUUGCAUUGUCCUCUUCCUGCAUCUUCUCUCUACUUUUUGUAAGGAUUAUUAAGAAAUAUUUUGUUGGUUGUAGCCAAAUGCCUUGCAUAGGCUCACUGUCAGCACCGAUGUAAGAUAUAUGCACCAUGUGUUCAAACUAUAUAAUCUACACUAAAAAAAAAAAAAAAAGCUUCGGAACUAGGUGCUGAAAAUUCUAUAUGUUUUAACUUGCUAACUGUGUAUUACUAGGAAGUUCAUUAAUUGUAGCAUUCUUAUAGUGUGAAUCUCCAUUCUCCAUCCCAAAUAACAGAGCAUUUAUGUUUUGUAAUGUUUUGAUCAUAUUGCUCUCAUCAUGCACACCUAUUGUUAGGAAUUUAAAAUAUAAUGAUAAAAGGCAGUAUAGGAAACUGAUGUAGGGCUGCCAUUACCGGGAUUUCAAAGGUGGAAUUGACGUCUGGGGGGAAUUUCCGCAAAGCUCAACAACUAACUGAUGGACCUACCAAACAUCAACCCAGAUAGAGGAAUGAAAUAUUGGGAGACAACACACUUAUCGCAGGAUAGCCUAAAUAGGGAGGGGGGAUUUAUUUAGUUAUGGGAUCAUGGAAAAGAGUAAAUACUGUACUGAAAGGAGUAAAUUCUGUAAGGCAUUCAUAAUGUAAAUGGUUGGACAAGUUCAACAGUGUUAAAAACAGCUCCAAGAGUUUCAGAUAAUCAAGAACCAGAGAACAUAUGUUUAGGUGCAGCAGGAUAUGUUUAGAAAAGGAAUCAUGGUGUUAUUUUAUCAGAGGGCAACAGGCAAAAUAUCAAAAAUGUUCAAUUUGGGACAAGUGGCAAUUUGUGUUUACAGAGAAAUAACCCAGAGGAUCUAAGAGUUAUAUUUUGGAAGAAUGAGGAUGGUUCUAAAAAAAUAUAUAGUUGUGCCACCCGAAGUUGUAAAAUAAUAGUAAUCCUUUGUAGCUAGAAGAGUGCAUCGUAAAUGUUACUGGCAAGCUCUGAUGUUAUUUUGAACUAUAUAUGUUAUUUAAUAAAAGUUAGUUUUACAACGGCCUACCAUAAUAAACUUUUCAAAUAGUCAAUAUACCUUUGUUUCUUGUUAUUAAGCAAUAUGUAUGUUGCUUCUCUUUAAGUGGAGCAAUGCCUUAAUGGAAAUAAAAUUAAGAGUAACUUCAAAACCC